AGCUCGUGGUUCGCUACAAAUUUUCAAUGCAAGCUCCUCACCUGGAGCUUUUUAUUGUGCCAACUGCUAUCAUUCUUGCACUUAUACCUUCCGUAUUGUGUGUGUAUAUGUGAUAUUGAGUUCCAGGGAAUUCUAGAGAUUUGGUGGAUUCAGUUUUAGUUGAAUUCUUGAAUAUUUGCAGUGGUGUCGCGUGUGCUCCUCGAAUUAAAUCCAGUCUCAAAUUUCCUGUAUUCCUGCAACCAUCUGGUGUUUUCUCAUAUCCUCUAAUUAAAGUGUUUUAUUUUCUAUUCAAUGCAAAGUUAAUAAACGUGAUUCAAAUCCUUAAGUUGCUUGGAAAAUAGAUAAAAGAUUAAAAAAAAAAACAAAAGUAGAAGCCUUCAAAUUAACAAACAUUAGGAAAGGAAAGGACACAGAAAAUACAUAAAGAAAUGAAACUUCAAGUGUUAAAAGGGUAGGAUAUUGGAUUUACGAUUUUGCGCACAAAUGCUCGCUAAAGAUAAAGUGUAUAAAAAACAAAAAAAUAAAUAAAAAUAAAAAUAAAAAUAAGAAAACUACACACAAUACAAUUUGUUGUCAUUUAUAAUUGCGGUACUACAAUAUACGCGCGCUUGUUUGUGAUUGAGUGAGUGUUGGUGUUGGUGUUUCUUUGCAAUACUGAGUCCUUUUUUUGUUUUUGCUUAAUGGAUGAAAACAAUGUUUACUUCCGUUUGAAAACGUAAUAUCCUGCUCCAAUUAUUCCAUAUGCAAGCGGUCUUCAUCUUGGUCAACUAUAACCAAAAUAUAAGUUUCGAAAACACAGUCACUACCUGUGGAUUAAAAUGAAUGACGAAGAUAUUUACGAAGUGAAAAAGACAUGGGAAAUACCGAUGGAAAAUCCCGAUGAGUCGGGACAAGCGAUUUUGAUUGAAUUUUUCACCCAAUUUCCGUCCAAUCAACAAAAAUUCGAACAAUUUAGAGAAGUACCAGUAGUUCAACUAAAGGAUAACGCUAAGUUCAAAUCUCAUGCGGCACGGAUAGUUAGGCUAUUUGACGACUCCAUCAACGCUCUGGGAACAGACUAUGCAGAUUCUGCUAUUCAAGAAUUAUGGAAAAAUACAGCGAAAUCUCAUUUUCGAAGAAAUAUUUCAAAACAAUCUUUCAAUGAGCUCAAAGGCGUCAUUUUACAAGUCCUUAAAGCUGCAUGCAACCUCAACGAUAGACAAGUUGAAGCUUGGACAAAACUAAUGGACCACGUUUAUGAUAUUGUUUUCAAAACAUUGGACGAGCUAGCUUCGAGUAAUCAGUAAGCAACGAUAAUUUUUGUAUUUGUUUUAUUUUUGAAUAUUUUAAUUUUUCGGUUACGGACUUAAAAUUAAAAUUGAUGUACAACCAAAUUCGUCAAACAAAUACUCGUAUGUGAAACAGUGAAUAGUUAAUAAUUAUUAUAAUAUAAUUGUUAGAUCAUCGUUUAACUUUUUGUAAAUGUGGAAAAUACACAUAAUAAUUUGAUUGAUUGAUAUUGGAAUUAAUAUGUAACUUUUUAAUAAACAAAAUAGAUUUAUAUGAAAACAUACCAACCGAAUAAAAAAUAAACAAAUAAAUAAAAAAGGAAAAAGUAUGAACAAAAAUAAAACAGUUUUAAAGUAUAUAGGGGUUUCAAUGGUGUUCUUUUGCAAACUAUCCUCCUCGUUCGUGUCUUGUAUUUAGUUUUACCUCAAAAUGCUUAUUAACACAAAGAAAAAUGUAAAAUAAAAACAAAACUAAAAUUGUUUAUGUAAAAUGUGUUAUUUUUUAUUGAGAGAAAUAUAUAUAUAUACUUAUAUACAAUAACGUAUGUACGUACUAAAUGAA